GGCCUGGGGAGAAGAGUCGGGUCCCAGCUUGGGCCCGGGGUCCCGGAUCCAGUUUUGCCCGCGGCCUGGAGCGAUCGAGGCGCAGCGGCCCGGCCGGCACCCACGCCCAUCGGAGCGCCCAGAGCCCGCGGGCCCCGGCGUCGAGCUCAGCAGCGUCCGAUUCCGGCGCGUCUCUAGCCGCCAUGGCUGCGACCGCGGGCCUGCGGGCCUUGGGAGCGAAGGGGUCGGGCUGGCUCCAGCGCGGUCCGUGGGCUCCACUCACCACCGGCUUCUGCAGCGGGGGGCCGGCCGGGAUCGGGCGGCCGGAGCCGGGGCCGCGACCCACCAUCGCGCGGCAGCGGGACGGCAUCAGGAGCAUCAUCUUGAGUGAUCCAAAGAGAAGAAAUGCGCUGUCAUUGGCCAUGCUGAAAUCUCUCCAGAGCGACAUACUUCAUGAAGCUGAAAGCCAGGAUCUGAAGGUCAUUAUCAUUUCAGCUGAAGGGCCUGUAUUUUCUUCUGGACAUGAUUUAAAGGAACUGACGGACGAACAAGGCCCAGAUUAUCAUGCAGAAGUAUUUCAAACUUGUUCUGAGGUCAUGAUGCUGAUCCAGAACCACCCAGUCCCCAUCAUCGCCAUGGUGAAUGGCCUGGCCACUGCAGCUGGGUGUCAGCUGGUUGCCAGCUGUGACAUUGCCGUGGCAAGUGACAAGUCUUCCUUUGCCACACCGGGCGUGAACAUAGGGCUCUUCUGCUCCACCCCCGCAGUGGCCUUGGGGAGAGCAGUGCCGAGAAAGGUGGCCUUAGAGAUGCUCUUCACUGGGGAGCCCAUCUCAGCCCAAGAGGCCCUGCUUCACGGGCUGCUGAGCAGGGUGGUGCCAGAGGAGAGGCUGGAGGAGGAGACCAUGAGGAUUGCGAGGAAGGUGGCCUCACAGAGCCGGCCGGUGCUGUCACUGGGCAAAGCCACCUUCUACCGGCAGCUGGCCCAGGACCUCAGGACUGCCUACCACCUCACCUCCCAGACCAUGGUGGACAACCUGGGCCUGCCGGAUGGCCAGGAGGGGGUCAAGGCCUUCCUCCAGAAGAGGAAGCCCAUCUGGUCACACUGAGCAGCCUCAUCAGAGGAACUGGGGGCCGUGAGCCCAGUGGGCAGUGCUCAGGACCCCACCACUCCAUGCUCAGCCUUCCAACCCCCAACCACCGCCGCUGCCUUGCGACUGUAGCUGUCAGUCUGCUUUUCCAGCAUUAGUGAUGGUCUCAGUGAACAUGGUCUGUGUUAGGAGCCACGACUCCUCAGGGGAGGAGUGACCUGGCGAUUCGGGCACCAGUGUCAGCAGAAGGGCCAUGCGCACCUCAGCUGAGCUGUCUGUGUGAGAAAGCCCACCCGUGAUGCUCCUCCUGGGACCUUAGGUGAGAGGACGCCCCGCAGGGGAGAAGGUGCCGUAAACGGAGGCAGGAAGGAAGGAUUUCAGCCUGUCUCUUACCAGAAAGUAUCCCCUAAGGCGGACGUGUUGCUGUUUGCCUUUAUCAGGUGAAGCAUUUCAAAUCUCCACCAAGAUACCCUUCACUCUGAAAAUCUUCGUUCUUUUGAAAAAUAAUCACAUCUGUGGCUUUGGGAUAAUCUUUGGGGUCUUUGAAAGAUUACCUAUUUAGUGAGACUAAUCAUUUUAUGUUCCCAACCAAACUGUAAGCUGCUGAGAGAAGAUCAGUUAGCUCUUUGAUGCCUGUGCUAAUGGACAUCUAGCUGGUGCCUGGUGCUUCUGUAAUGAAGGUCCCGGUACUGGGGCCCUGGACCCUGGACUGAGAAUUCGAGCAUUGCAGAAGGGAAGGAGGGACACAGAACACACAUCGUACCCACGAAGAAUCAUCUACUCCGGAAGCAUUCCCAAGCUCUGCUCAGCUUCCGGUAAAGAAUCCAGACUAGCUUCAAGUGUCUGAGUUCCCCAAAGAUGGUUUAGGACCUGAACAUCUUACUUUCUGGCUUCUGUUCCAUUUAGGUUCCAGAAAUGUCCUAGACCUCUGGUCAUGCCUGGGGCUGAUUUUUUUUUUUUUAAACCUACCCGUUGAGUGGCCGUAAGUGUAAUUAGUAUGAAAAACAGAACCUUGAGGCUCCACCAACUGGUUCUCAUUCUAAGCCAGUGGGGCAAGCAGCCCCUGGAAGGGCAGUCUCCUAGUGGGUUUCUGUUGAGAUUGGAUUUUUUUUUUUCUUGCCAGAGUCUAGAAAGGUGACAGAGUGUUUUCUUGGAAAGGAGAAGCUUGUUACUAAGAAUGUUCCUCAGAAGAAGAGAGAUCAUCAGAGCCACCACGAGUACAUGCCAGACCACUAUACGUCCUCAUUCAGUCCCCACCAGAACCACGCUGAGCAGGGCCACCAUCACCUCCAGCUUGCAGACGAGUGGUGGAGACUUGGUAGAGUGAGUGCCCCAGGCUCUGUCUGCUGAUAAAGCCGUGGGUGCCCUCCCCAGCCUGGGCUGCAGUGAGGCGGGCCUGCAGACCUAACUGCCUCCGGGCAGCCUUUCAGAACCCAGAGCUGGAUCAAGCGCGCCCCCUGCUGGAGGACUUUGCAAGCUCACCGGCGACGUGGGAUUUUACUAUUGGCAAACCACCGGUGCCGUUUUGUUGUUUUACUAGGAAUCUGACAAACAACGGGCUGAUAUUCCAGACCAGGCUGUGAAGGACUGGCCGUGAUGAUCUGCUCACUAAUAACGCCGCCUUCGGGUUGCCCGCCGUAGGGGUCAUUGUGCGGCCAUCUCGGACCCCACAGUGAAGAGAGCAAAACUUUCUCCCACGUCCCAGUGAAAACCAAAAACUGCCUUUCCAGUUUCCGUACGCGCUGCACCAUAGCUUCCAACCAGGAAAUUCUCAGGCCUCCAGGCUGGCUUCCCAGCCUGUGAGCUGAAGUGCCCUCGGGGGACGCACUAUAAAUCCUAAUAAUCGUCGGAGCGGAAAAUAAUCCUGGAAUAAAACCAGCUCCCCAACCACCAGUGUCACAUAAUUCAUCCCCAAGGCAGAUAUAAAUUGGGGGUUAAUUUGCAUCUCUACUCCCUUCCACUGGGACAGCGAAUGAAAGCUCUCUGGUUGGCACACACGACGACCGCUCUUGGAAAGCGUGCGUUCACCUUUCCUUCUGCACCAUCCGCUGCCCGGGGAGCUUCUCUGAGCUCGGUGGUCCCCGCGCCGGGAGGGGACGGGGCUGGAAAGUCAGUGAAAGGGGCAUCUGCUCCCGCCCGGCCUGAGCCCCCGAGAAAACAGCGCGGAUACGGAAAUUUCCCCGCAGCGACUGUGCGGAGACCCGCCAGAUACGCUGAGCCAGGCUCACCUAGGAAGGAGCUCUCUGUGCUGCCCUGGUAGGUGAAGGCUCAGGGCAGUGAAGGCAGUGGCCACAGUCGAACCAGCAUCUAGCUGACUGUGGAUCCCCUGCCCCUGACACGGUACGUGUUCUCUUCUCCCACAGAAGAUCGCUGUUCCAGUCAACAGAGACAGACGACCGACGCACUCAAAGGAAACCAAUCAGAAACUGCUAAGCCGCAGCAACACAGCUUUGCUUACCAAGGGAAUUCUGAGGAAAGCACAGGUUUGACCUC